UCAGAGAGUUUGCAUCCAAGAGCAGAAAGUCUGUUACCCAACAUGAUGAAUGCUGACAUGGAUGCAGUUGAUGCUGAAAAUCAGGUGGAACUGGAAGAAAAGACUCGACUUAUUAAUCAGGUGUUGGAACUUCAACACAUACUUGAAGAUCUUUCUGCAAGAGUAGAUGCAGUUAAGGAAGAAAAUGUGAGGCUAAAAUUGAAAAAUCAAGUUCUUAGACAGUAUAUAGAAAACCUCAUGUCUGCUUCUAGUGUUUUUCAAACAACUGAUACAAAAAGCAAAAGGAAGUAA